GGCAGUAAUGAGCUUACUAUUGAGGGAAAAAAGGGCGGGAUGAGGGGUGCUUUGUCUCCGCCCACACUGAUGUAAUCCCCGGGGUGAAGUAGGAGGAGUGCGAUCUGCAGGCUCAUUCAGCCAGUCAGCGGUGCAGGAGACGCGCUGUCUGGGGCGCUUUAUUCUUCUGUCACACUAUGUUAAUCGUAUACAAAGGCUUUGAAGCGAUAGAAAAGAAACCUGCUAUAGCACCAUAACAGCAUGCUCGUGGGCCUGUCUCGGAAUCAUUAUUUGAAGUUAUUUUUCCACUAUUGAAGCGGGUUUUUUUUUUCUGGGUUAUUGCAAACCCUUUCAUUUCCAGUGGUACCUUCUCUUUAUUCUUCUAUUUGAUUAUGUGGAGCACCUGGGGAGCUGCUGGAAGAUACAGUCCAAAGGAGCACAUGCUACAAAACCAGCAGCCGUCCUAGCGGCUCUCCGCAUUGGGGUUCAGUCUGCUAGGAAAGGCACGAUCUGUGGAGUGGAAAGGAUUUCGUGGAAUAACCCGUUGAUUGAUCUAUUCUAGCUGUUCUGCACUGUUGGCCUUGACGUCACUCCCCCCCCCCCUCGUCCAUCAGAUUGCCCUCAGCUGCUUGAUUUCACUUCUUCCACCGUCAGGGUGUCGUUGAAGCCGAUGCCUCCCCAAGGAGAGGCGGAUUAUAUUAGUAAACCGGUACCUUCUGGAGGUUGCAAUGAAGUGCCCCCUGUCCCUCCUCGGAGGAUCAGAAGCCGUGGCUUGGGGGCGUCUAAGGGCAGAGCCGGUGGCCCUGGCACGGAGCGCAAGAUCAAGUGUGUCCUGUUGGGGGACGGAGCAGUGGGCAAAACCAGUUUAGUAGUGAGUUACACCACUAAUGGCUACCCCACGGAAUACGUGCCUACAGCCUUUGACAACUUCUCAGCGGUUGUUUCGGUUGAUGGAAAACCAGUGAAGCUUCAGCUUUGUGAUACAGCUGGUCAGGAUGAAUUUGACAAGCUGCGCCCCCUGUGUUAUACAAACGCAGAUGUGUUUUUACUAUGCUUCAGCGUCGUAAGCCCGUCGUCUUUCCAGAAUGUCUGUGAGAAGUGGGUUCCUGAAAUUCGUUGCCAUUGCCCAAAAGCUCCAAUCAUUCUGGUUGGUACACAGUCGGACCUCAGAGAAGAUGUGAACAUCUUGAUUGAACUAAACAAAUGCAAGGAGAAGCCAGUGGUGGAGGAGGCAGCUAAGCUAUGCGUUGAAGAAGUCAAAGCUGCCUCUUACAUUGAGUGCUCGGCGUUGACGCAGAAAAAUCUUAAGGAGGUCUUUGAUGCCGCCAUAUUGUGUGGAAUUCAGUAUUCCGAUGCUCAACAGCAACCAAAGAAAUCAAAGAGUCGGACUCCGGACAAAGUGAAAAAUAUUUCAAAGUCUUGGUGGAAAAAAUACUGCUGCUUUGUGUAGUUGCUGUGCCUAAAACCAAUUUCAAAUAUAUAUUUUUUAUUUCUUUUACUUUUAAUGAAACCAUUGAUUUUAUGACAGUGCUUAGUUUGUCCCGACGGCCAGAAGUUGUGGAUCGCAACCUUACUUGCCUUUCAUUGAGCAUUGGCAAAAAUACCAAUAAUGGUACAUUUGAAAGAGAACAUGGACACCUGGUCACAAGGAUUAUACAGUGUACUGCAUCUUUAUUCUUUGCUCUGCAAGGGUCCAGAGAUUUCCUUAUCCAAAAUGUAAUAUCUUAAAAGCUAUAUUAGCUUUAUAGUUAGUACAGAAACCCAAA